UAAGUUGUUAUGGAUGUGGGUUCAUGUGAGGCUGGAGAGGGAAGUGACGUAGUGGCUGUUGUUGGGACACGUGACUGGAGCUGCGCUGAUAUGUUUUGACAAGCAGCAGGACUGAGGGAAGUGAGGAGGGCACAGGCUCAAAGCAUCACGACUUACAAGACGCGCUGCCUUUUUCAUCUGGGGUUCGCUCAUUUGACUAUCGAUCUCUCUUUUAACUUGGGAAAUUGUUUUCCAGUGAUAAAACAGCUGUUAGAAAGCAUCUGCGCGUUGUUUCGCUACCAUUUGCGCAGUCGUGAUAUUUGGUAAAAGUUUUAAUGACCACCACAAAGGAAGUCAGUGAAGCGGGUAUUUCCUGUAUUAAAUAGAUGGCAACAGCCCCGUUUUGUUUUGGACAGAGAGCGGGUGAUAGCUGAGUGAGUGGACAGAUCGUGGUGAUUAUGUUCUUCUUGCUUUAGCGGAAAACACGACGCGAGUCCUCGGUGUGGAUGUUGGUGGUUGAGCCGUGGAUACCUGCGCCGCCGCUGCUGCUGCUGCGUUGGGGGCUGGGAUGUUAGCGUGGUCUCACUCAAUAGACGCUAAACCAUUACUGCAAAGAACAGGUCAGUUUAGUUGGCCUGGGCGUUUGGUUUUGGGCUAACCCUGCUGAGUUGGCUAACCCUUUCUGGCACUGUCGAGUCUGACAUUCGUGGAGAACAAACAGAAAUGCACCGCGAAGCAAUGGUUCAGGUGGAGGAAUUUGAGACAGACUGUGAGAGAAGACAGUUUGAAUUACCUCUCGUCAGACUGAUUACUUGCUAGCAAUCUAAUCGACCACUCACUGAUAGUUCGCUGGCAUUCGCCAUCAGCUGUCCUAGUAUUGGGGAACAAUACAGCGCGACUGGAUGGAUGCGUACUGUAGCAUGCUAACAAAGCAAUGCUUUGUUGUUGGAUAGGGGGAGCUGGCACCAAAACGUGCUUCCAGCUGAUAUUAUUGCGUAGUUAAUUCGGUGACAUUGUGGCUUUUGGGUUGAGACAUAGCUUUAGUGCUGUCUAAGCUGUGUGACAAGAGAAACACCAGAGCAAGAGCAAGGCAGACACUUCAAGACAACCUGAUGACACUGGACAACAUGAAGCCCGACAGAGAUGCCACCGAGGAGUUCUUUGAGUACGAUGCGGAGGAGUUCCUGGUGUUCCUGACACUGCUCAUCACAGAAGGACGGACUCCCGAAUAUUCAGUGAAGGGCCGAACUGAGGGCUUGCACUGUCCACCUGCCCAGUCUGCAAUGCCCCCUCUACACAAGCAUGAAUGCAGUGACAAACUCCCACAGUGUCGCCAGGCGCGGCGAACCCGCUCUGAGGUGAUCCUGCUGUGGCGGAACAGCAUCCCCAUCAUGAUAGAGGUCAUGCUCCUGCCUGACUGUUGCUAUGGUGACGAGUGUCCGCCAAGUGACCUUAUCAGCGACCCGGUCAUUAAGCAAGAUGCUUUACUGCUGGAGAGAUGGACCCUACAGGCAGUUCCAAGACAAAGUGGUGACCGUUUCAUUGAAGAGAAGACCCUGCUGCUGGCUGUUCGAUCCUACGUCUUCUUCUCUCAGCUCAGUGCCUGGCUCAGUGCCUCACAUGGCAUCGUCCCCAGAAACAUCCUGUACAGGAUCAGUGCAGCUGAUGAAGAGUUGGUGUGGAAGUUUUCCCAACCGCCCUCAGAGCACAUCUUUCCCAUCCCAAAUGUCUCACACAGUGUUGCGCUGCAGGUCCGUGUGCAGUCCUUACCCCGCCAGCCCACCUACCCUACCCUGGCCUGCAGCAUUCACACUGGCCUGCCUCCACUUUAUAGCAAGACUCCAGGCCUCAAUCCAAACCUUAAUAGCCAUGUUGCACCAACCAGUCUGAAGAAGAACCAGGACCCCAGCACUGAAAACCUACUACAAAACACCAACAUGUUUAGCAAGAGCUCAAACUCAAUGUCUGGCCUUCUCCUGAACGGAUUUCCUGUUCCUAAUCUUCCUAUCAACAACAUCCCCAUUAAUAGCCUUCCACACACUGCUGUGCCACCUGCCUUUUUUAAGAAAUGUCAGGAGCCUGCAGAGACCCACAGCAUUGUCUAUCAGAAUGGAGAACUUCCACAGGCCAGCAUCCCACCCCGACAGGGCUCUCCACGAUUCAGUAGGUCAUCCCAUUCCCCCACGCCCUCACGCUCGCACUCGCCCUCUCCACUCUCAGCCAGUAAGGCAGGGAAGUGGUUGUAUUCAGCCCUCAAUGGCUCAUCUGACAGUGUUCCUCAAGUUGAGGAUUACAGCCAUAGCAUCAAUGGCAGUGAUCAAACGAAAGGUCCUUUAAAUGAUCCACUAAAAGCAUAUAAGAAUUUAACUCUCCCGGAGACUCCUCGUUGCCCAUCCCCUAGACCUGUUUCAAAUGAGACAAACCCCCUAAUUGGCUCCUUGCUUCAGGAAAGACAGGAAGUUAUUGCUCGCAUUGCACAACGGCUUAACUUCUGUGACCCCACAGCACCUCCCCUCCCCCCUGGACUUUUUGCUCCAGACAACCCUCCCAAAGCCAUUUGGGGCAGUAACCAUGACGACCUAACUGCCACUAAGACCAAAGAGCCUCAGGUCCCACCCUAUGAGUCUGUGAGUCGUGUUUGGCCCAGCCCUUUCAGCACACCUGUGACUGAACCUUCUUUCAGCAAACGAGAGUGUGCGUCACCGAAACCUGGCCCCUGCAGAAAGCUUCGAAUGACUGAGGUGAGAGAGGGGGAUCAGACUGGAGAAAGAGAGAAAGAAAGAGAAAGCUCUCUCAUUGCCCAGGCCGUUCAAGACAUUACAAGACUCAUUCAGGAGAGGCUGUCUGUCCCAUCGCUGUCUCCUAUGCAGAGCAGAAGGGGCAGCCCUCUGCACCAAACUCAUACAACAACAGUCACACACACAGUGCGGACAUACUCACAGCCCCCACAAGAACCACAAGCCUCUCACACUGCCACCAAUGGCUACAGUAACGGCCACCUACCCAGCCAUACACCUCACACAGGCACACACAUAAUGGCUGCACAUGCACAUGCACAUGCAUCUGUUUGCACAGACAAGCCCGGAGUCCAACCGGGGACCGAUCGCCAUUUUCCCCAGGCCCAAAAUGGUGCUCACUCGACACUUGAAGAAAAUUCAUUUAAAAAACAGUCCCGUUUAGAGGCUGGUCAGUGUUUACGAACUCCUUUGAAGGAAAAAAAGUGCAGAGUCUCGACACACGUCAGUCAGGAAAAGGCCUCUGGUUUUGAAAACAGCCUGAAGAAUGAUCAGAUGUGCAGUUGGACUUGCAAUGAUGGCAGCCCAGCACUGAACUGUCACACCCCUCAUAACCACAACACACCUCAACCUCACUACCAGAUGCAAACCUGUGCAUCUGUACAGCGUUCUGGGCCACGCGACGAAAACCAAGCACCCCUCAAGUCUACCAGCUCCAGCCUGUCGAGCCCAGAAAGGACCCCUCUUUCCACAGUGUUGCGAGCUCAGAGCCCUACCCCACUGCGACCUUGCAACAGCUGGAGGAAGCAGAAUCGCCACUCAUUAGAUGCUACAGCGACCAAGGCCUUCCACCCGUGUACCGGACUGCCUCUGCUUUCCAGUCCUGUCCCUCAGAGAAGAAAUCAAACUGGUUAUUUUGACCUGGACACAUCUCUGAUGAGCAGUAAAGGUUUACCGUGGACCUCUGGGAAAAGGAUCUGUCCAAAGAGAGAGUGCUCCAUUGAAGACUCACAGCAACUAUUCAGUGCCAGUGCUCCACCUGCCAGUCUCAGCUUAUUGGGAAACUUUGAGGAGUGUGUGUUAAACUACCGCCUGGAGCCUUUAGGAACAGUGGACGGUUUCACAGCAGAAGUUGGUGCCAGUGGGUCCUUCUGCCCCAGUCACCUUACCUUACCUGUAGAUGUGUCAUUUUACAGUGUCUCUGAUGACAAUGCUCCAUCACCAUAUAUGGGUGUGAUAAAUCUGGAAUCCACAGGAAAAAGAGGAUACAGAGUACCCCCAUCAGGAACCAUUCAAGUGACCUUAUUCAAUCCCAACAAGACAGUUGUAAAAAUGUUUGUUGUGAUGUAUGACCUACGAGCCAUGCCAGCUGGACAUCAAACUUUUCUCCGCCAAAGGACCUUUUCUGUUCCAGUCCGUCGAGAUACAAACAAUCAGACCAGCAGGAAGCCCCUCUCCCUGAGCCAGGGCCGCACCCUGCGGUACCUCAUUCACCUGAGGUUCCAAAGCUCCAAGUCUGGGAAGAUCUACCUCCACAGGGACAUCCGUCUGCUUUUCUCCAGGAAGUCAAUGGAGGUUGAUAGUGGUGCUGCCUAUGAGCUCCAGUCCUUUACAGAAUCCCCCAUUGAUCCUCCAUUUUCUUCUCGUUGCUGAGACCUGAAGCUGCCCCCAAGGCUUAAUUCACACCACAUUGGCUGUGACUGACUCAAAUCCAACAGCCCAGUCAAGGCUCUAAAGGAGAAAUGGAAAUGUGGCGCUGAUCAAAAAAUUAUCAGAUGUAUAACAUAUAAGAUGGACAUCAUAGGAUUCUUUCAUCCCUGAGCUCAUGGACAAAAUGGCCUUAUAAGAUUUAAAAAGAAUAGAAAAUACUAGAUAUGCAAUUAUGGAAAGUGACCUGCACUGUUUUAGCUUUCUAAAAUGUUAAUUGGACUUGAAUCACAUUCAAUUGAAGUAUAAAUAACAAGGUUUACAGUCCAUUUAAAGGUAAGAGUAUGUAAGGUGAUUUUUUUUUUUUUUAUGUUGAAUAAUAAUGCCAUGGGUCCUGAGCUCAGUCAUAAAAGUGGUCGUGGUAAAGGAACUUGGUGCACCUUGGUUGGUGUGGUGCCAUUCUAUCAUCUACUCAAAAUCCCAUGGACUGCUUGAGGUGAACAAGCAAUCAAGCUCAAAUCAUAAGAAAACUUCACAGCUAAACAUCAGAAGUGCACUGUGUUUUUCACAUAACUGGAAAAGAAAAAGAAAAUAGUAAUAUUCUAAUACUUUUGUACUGUUACAAACCACUUUAUGGAAGUGUUGCAAUAGAAAUAAAACUUAGGUUAGUGUUUACACUUUCACUUUCAGUUUACUUACAUCAGUUUAUUUAAUAUUUAAAUUAAUAUUUCAGUUACUACUUGUGACGUCUGUCAUGCUAAGAUGAUGUAGUGCAAACUGUAUAUCAUAGUAUGUAUUUUUGACAUUAAUAUUGAAAUCUGAAAAAUAUAUAUUAUAAAGCAAUCUGAAACCAUA